UUGUUUUUCAUCCAUUCACGGCUCUUACUGUUGGGAGAGAGCAUGGAUCACAUGUGAGGUUGUUGCAUGAGCAUAGCAGAGUUUAGUGCCUUAUUUAAACCCCCCCAUUCUUCUACUUUGAAAUGCCAACAAGUGUAAAUACAUUCAUUCCCAGUACUUCUCCAGCAUUUGUUGUCUUUUACCCUACCGAGAAAUGGCAAAAUCCAUUUUUGCAUUACCAAUUUUGCUUGGAUUAUGCUAUCUGGCUACUGAUGUGAGUGCCUUCACGGCUUCUGGGUGGACCAAAGCACAUGCUACAUUUUAUGGAGGCAGUGAUGCCUCAGGAACUAUGGGGGGAGCUUGUGGAUAUGGGAACUUGUAUUCAACUGGGUAUGGAACCAGGACUGCUGCUUUAAGCACAGCCUUGUUCAAUGAUGGAGCUUCAUGUGGACAAUGCUACAAGAUCAUGUGUGAUUACCAAGCUGACCCUAAAUGGUGCAUAAAAGGAACAUCCGUCACCAUCACAGCCACAAACUUUUGCCCUCCUAACUUUGCUCUUCCCAACAAUGCCGGAGGUUGGUGCAACCCUCCUCUCCAGCACUUUGAUAUGGCUCAGCCUGCCUGGGAAAAGAUUGGUAUCUACAGAGGUGGCAUUGUGCCUGUUUUGUUCCAAAGGGUUCCAUGCAAGAAACACGGUGGAGUCAGGUUCACUAUCAACGGUAGAGACUAUUUUGAGCUUGUUUUGAUUAGCAAUGUAGGUGGGGCAGGAUCCAUCCAAUCCGUAUCCGUUAAAGGCUCUAAAACUGGAUGGAUGUCAAUGUCAAGAAACUGGGGAGCUAACUGGCAAUCCAAUGCCUACCUCAACCGUCAAUCGUUGUCUUUCAAGGUUACCACUACCGAUGGUGUUACCCGACUGUUCCCUGAUAUUGUGCCUGCAAGUUGGGGGUUUGGCCAGACUUUCUCUAGCAAAGUACAAUUCUAAGCUCACUAAAAGCUUUAGUUCCCGGCAGAGGCGUGCUACAUUAUUUUACAAACAAGCUGCCCGCCAUACAUGGUAUUUAUCGAUACAUCACAUGGUCAAUAAUAUCAGGCUACUUGUUUUUCUGGAGAACUGGUUGUUUAGAUGGAAGUGAAAUCUUUGUUUUUGAUACAAGUCGAUGUUUGAAAUUAUUUCAUGAUCAUAAUAAAUUGUCAAUAAGAAGUGCAAGAAAAACAUUGCAGCUUCAGAAGAUGUAAAUUUUGUCAUCACAAAUUUUAUAUGUUUGCAAUAGGAGUUGCUACUUUAUAGUUCUACCAUUUCUCAUAAAUGUAAUAAAUCAACCGACAAA